GUCUCAUCAACCUGAAGAUGGCAACACUAAUCUUUAUUGAUAAGGAGAAUGGUGAUGUUGGUGCUACUAGGAAUCAGCUAAGACUCCCUUCAGGAUCUUCAAAAGUCUUAUCUGAAAGAACACAAGUUAACACUCCACUUCCUAAAAAAGCCAUCAGUACAUCUCCAGCCACAUCUCACUCUGUCAGAAAGGCUCUUGGAAAUGUGAAUAGAACUGAAGAAGUCACGAGCAAGAUGGAAAAGAUAAGACAGAAAAAUCAGCCUUGCAAUGCAAACAAAAUUACUGAAAGGACUGCUGGAUUAGAAAGCUGUGAUGCAGUGGCUGAAGAAGACUGGCCAGAAAUAGAAAAUUUGUUUCCUUUUGAUCCUCAAGACUUUGAGAGUUUUGAUCUUCCUGAAGAGCACAAAGUAAGCAAUAUCAACCUGUGUGGUGUUCCCCUCAUGAUAUUUGAAAGGACAUAUGACAGAUGUGUGAACAUGGUUCCUUCACCUGUGAAGAUCGAAGAGAUUUCAUGGGAGUCUAACUUGAUACAAUCAACUGCUGACUUCCUUGCUACCCUGGAUGAGAUCAUUGACAUGCCACCUCCAAAUUAUGACCUUUAAUGCAUAUUCUGCAGCUUCUAUUGAGUUCAAAUUUCAUGUAGUUCUGUAUUUUAAUAAAGGCUAAUCUAACCUU